CUAUUAGUAGUUUAGUGACCACCGACACUGGCUGGCUACGCAGAUCGGUGCCACAGUGCAUUGCGCUGAGAAAAAUCAAUCAGAAUCUUCCCGCCUCCGUCGGUUUCCAAGGCAACGGGUAAACAGUGGGGAGACGUUGCAUUGCACGGUCACGGAGAGACGUGUCGUAUUUCGACAAUAUUGUUUAGUGUCGUGUCUGUAUCAAGUUUAAUUGAACAUUUGUGAAUUUUAUGGACAAUGGCAGAGGAGGCUGCGGCUCCAGGAGCUGCGCCUGAGAAAGUGAUACACACCUAUCCUCUUAUAAGGCACUCGGAUAUGUCAGAGGAGAUGCGAGUGGAAGCUAUGGAGUUAUCCGUCACCGCGUGCGAGAAGUUCUCACACAACAACGAGUUGGCCGCCCGUAUGGUCAAGGAGUCUAUGGACAAGAAGUUUGGACCCUCCUUCCACGUGGUCGUAGGAGAAAGCUAUGGCUUCGAAGUCACCUAUGAGUGCACCAAUAUGUGCUACAUGUACUUUGGAGGAAACCAGGCUAUCUGCAUAUGGAAGUGCUCUUGAAACGCAUUUAUUUUAGUUAGCUCUACCAAAUAAUAUACCGAAGAGAUCUUAUCUAAUUUUAAUUACUUUAUGGAUGUGAAAUAGUUUAUGUUAUUUAAUAAAACAAUCAAUUAUUGAAUAGCAAUUACUUAUUAAUAGGAUUACGGAAACGGUUCCAAUUUACAUUUACCUAUGUAUUGUAAAAAAUGUAUGUAUCUAAUGCCAUUAUGUGUCUUUAACUUAAAAGUCUGCAUCCUGUUGGUGCAUAGAAAACGUCUUGUCUUAGAAACUAACGAGCACGUAAAAUCGGUUUACGCUAGGCAAGUACUUAUACAUAACAUUUCUUUCCAUGUUCAAAAUGUUCAGAAAUUGAAAACACUUUAAAAUAAAACAAAGGCGCUGACGUCGCUAUGUCGCGUUUCAUAUGUAAAACAGUUCGCACGCGAGCGAAGUUUUUAUUUUAUAAACAUUUCCAAGAAAUAAUUUACAUAAACGUGGAAAUCGUUUAGUAGCCGGGUUAUAGGGCCUUUUUACGUUUCAUUGCUGUUAUGCAAAAUAAAUUCACUAUAGAUAAAGUUAGAUCUCUUACCAGGGGCCCGAUACUUAGGAGAAGUUAAUAAUGUCAAAAUCGAAUAGAAAUCGAAUCGCAAUAUGAUCGCAAUAGCAGUUUUAACCAUAUCGGGCAUUCUGCUACUAAUAAAAGACCAAUCGUAUUCGAUUGACAUUUGAUUGGUGU